AAUCUUUUCAUUUUCAACUAAGCUAAAUCAUCGCUUUUUCGAAUUCUAUUGUCUCAACAAAAUUAGAAAAACAGAAAAUCGUAAAAAUGGGUGAAGUUGUUGGAUGCCACAACGUUGACCAAUGGAAGCAGCAGCUUGAGACUAACAAAAGUCCUGACAAAUUGAUUGUCAUUGAUUUCACUGCUUCAUGGUGCCCACCGUGCCGAUUCAUUGCACCAAUUCUGGCUGAGUAUGCCAAGAAAUUCCCACAUGUGGUAUUCCUCAAAGUUGAUGUUGAUGAGUUGAAGAGUGCUGCUGAGCAGUUUGAAGUCGAAGCAAUGCCGACCUUUAUUUUCCUUAAGGACGGAAAUGUAGUUGACAAGGUUGUGGGUGCUGACAAAGAUUCCCUCCUUGCCAAAAUAGAGAAGCAUGCAGUUCCUUCGACUGUUUCCGGAUCAGCAUCAACCUAAUGAAGUUAACCGCGAGCUUAUUGCUCUAUCGUGUUAAACUUAUGUCUAAGUACUGUUAAUGUAUUACCAUAUCAUGGGUUAUGAAUACUUGUAUGAUUCAGUUGUGGUUUGUGGUUGUUACAAAUGACAGAAUAGCGAAUAAUGUACUGUACCUUGUGGAAUUACUUGUGUUCUCAUGGGUACGCUUAUUGCUUACCUAAGAGUAGAUUCGUUGUUUCUUAUAAUUAUUAUUGCUUUCUUUGCGUGGAA